AUGUCUGGACGUGGAAAGGGUGGAAAGGGUCUUGGAAAGGGAGGAGCUAAGCGUCAUCGCAAGAUCCUGCGUGACAAUAUUCAGGGAAUCACUAAGCCUGCCAUUCGUCGUCUGGCUCGUCGUGGCGGUGUCAAGCGUAUCUCGGGUCUCAUCUAUGAGGAGACCCGUGGUGUCCUCAAGAUCUUCUUGGAGAAUGUUAUCCGUGACUCUGUCACUUACACUGAGCACGCCAAGAGGAAAACAGUCACUGCUCUUGAUGUCGUGUAUGCCCUGAAGCGCUCCGGUCGCACCCUCUACGGCUUCGGCGCCUGA